UGCCUGUAAAUAAGCCCUGAUUUUCUUUCAUUAACUGAAUCUGUAAGAGGCUUGGUUAUGGUAUCAGAUAGUGUUCACCAUUCUGUGUAUAGACUUGGCUAGACUUGGGGUGAAAACAAUCCUGACAUAAUGUUCUAUACGUAUUUUAACAAAUGUACCAAUUUUACUUUUAAGUAGGGAAUAUACAGUUAAUGAAAUAACUAUGACAGUUUAGAAGGAUCAUUUUCAAAUGUCCCAUUCCAAAGGAUUAAUUCUUUCAUAAAGUUUUAAAACUUUCUUAAACAUAAAGAUUUAAAAUUGUCUUAGUGUUGUCUAGUAACUGACAGGCUAGCUUAUCAAUCAUGGAAACUCCAAAAAAAAAUGCUGGGGAUAUUAGAAACAGAAUAUAUUGGAACGAAGAUUAGAAGAAAAACAAUUUGGAAUCUUAACGGUGGAAAAGAGAACAGAAUUAUGAGACUUCUUCCAUUUUGUUUGUACGUGCAGUACUCUAAGAAACAUGAUGGUACAUGAUCUUUCUUUAGUUGCCUCAUAUGAAACAUUUUCUGAUUCCGAAGAUUCUGGAAAUGUUUUCAGAAUCUGCAAGUGAAGCUUCGUAUAUUACUGCUGUAUUACUUAAAUAUUGCUUUGUCAAGGCACAAUGUGAAGAAUGUGAUUAGCUAUGUUACAGCCGUUCAUGUGCUUUGAGUUUUGAAAGAAUGAGUGAGGAUUCUCCCCCUCCCCUCAAAUGCCACCAAAUUUGAUUGUAUUCAGAGCUUAAUAUGAUUACUGGGGUAGUUAGAAGUGAAGAUGCAGGCAAUAGAGAUUUUGUGUACUUAUUAAAUAUCAUAAAACUAUCAAAUUUGAUAAUAAGCAAUUAAGUAAGAACAAAUACUGGGGGGAAUUUUUUUUCUUUCAAACAACAGGAAUUCUUGGAUUUAUUUUCAGAUUGUUGAAAGGCAGAUUAAAUUUGGUCUUUCUCACCUCUCAUCAGUGAUUUUAUUCCACUUACAGAAUAUGCCUGGUAAACUAAACCUAAUUAAUACCAUAGUUUUUCGAAAACUGAACUAAAAUGAUUUUUUCCAGCUUUUUGAAGUAACUUGCUUCUGUAUUAUAUUAGCUUGUGAUGACUGCAGUUUGUAGGAGAUUUUAUUACUGUCUUUGCCCAUAAAAAUCAAAUGGUUUUAUUUAGAAGUAAUGGGAAAUGUUAUAGUUUGGUUAUCAACACAAGCUAUGAAGUCACUUGAAAGAAGUCAUCAUUACUUUAUUUGGGGGGGAGAAAAGGACUUUCAUCUUAAAUAUUUAUCUUUAAACCAAAAUUCUUAUUUUAACCCCCUUUUGUAAUAUUAACUGCUAAUGUUAUCAUUUGUGUGUAACAAGGAAGAUUGUGUAGGAUACUUAUGGAGUGAUGAACAUUAUAUUUUUCUAUGUGUUGUGGUUCUUUCAACCUUAAAAUCUUGAUACCUAAAAGUGUGAUGAAGAUGGAUUUAAGAAUCUGAUAACUACUAUGUGUAGAUAGGAGGAAAGAAGGAAAGAGAGAAACAGAGUGAAUCUUAUUUACUUGGGAAGAAAUUAUAAGAUUAUUAGAAAAAUGUUUUUGUAUGCAAACCUUUUCCUUGAAUUAAGUUUUCCCUCCUUUUAGGUACUUUCAGAGCCUCAAACAAAUCAAUAUUAUUCUCAGUUGGGUUGCAUCUUGCUGAGUAGCAUGGGUGUUCAGAAUAGAAAUGAGAUGCUAAUGUAACUGUGUGCAAGACUGAGUUCUUUAUACUUGCAUUAUAUACUCUUUUGCAUUAAGAACAGAUUCAGAAGUUUGAGUGAAGCAUCUUGUUGAACUGUUCUUUAUUGUGGACUGUUCUAUAUUGUGGGUGAACUACGUUGGGCUUAGGUUCUACAGGGCAACAUUUCUCUACAAUACAAGAUUAAAUACAAAAUUACCCAAAACUUCCCUUGUUUGCACAUACACAGACUGACUUUCUGGCCCAGUUCGUCUUUCUUAAACUGCUUCUUCACAGCAGAAUAUCUUAAAGAAGAAUAACUAAGAAUUUCCCUUCCAUCAUGCCUAGGACUGCUCUGCAGGUUGCUAGAAUUUGUCAUUUGAUUUUUCCCAUGGGGCAAAAUUCUUUUUGUGAUGUGCAGAGAUAUAUUGCAAUAGCUUAUCCAUUUCUCAUGAUGCCCAGAAGAAAAUGUGUUUGUGCUCAUAUUUUAUUUGACGUGAUUUUGUGAGGUGAUGACAGGCCAGUUUCAUGUUUCCCUUUCAGAACAUGCCUGAGGAGCAAGGCAUAGCCAUGAAGUAGGCCUAGGUACAGUUUUGCCCAGAUAGAGUACUGCGUUUGUAUGCAAAAAUAAAGUGAAGGGCUGCUAAAGAGUUUUUAGUUUAAAACUACAGAAACAAAAAAGCAUCUCUGGUGUUUGAGCACUUCCUUGAUUAAGCAGCUUUGAGUGUGUAGGGGAGAGGGUUUUUGAUUAACAAUAUCUUAACUAUACGGUCUUAGUUUCUGUGGGCUUGUAAGGAACCUGACUCCUCUGUGCCCCACGUACUUGCAAUCCCUGUUGAGUUUUGGGGGAGUCACAUAUGGUGAAAAAAAUCUUAGCUUGGGUGAAAAUCAGAUACUUUAAAUCUAUUUUAGAUUAGGCUGGUUGUAGCUUUGACCUUUGCAAUUUGUCAAAAUGUACUUUGCUUUGAAUUGUAUUUUUGGAAAGCAGGCCGUCAGCCUCAGAUCUGUAGUGUCACAAGCAGAACGUGGUAGGAACUGUGAGAAUGCUCUGUCUCGAUGGAGACACCAGUUAGCAUAAUAUGUGCUUGUUUCAUAUAAAGUUUAAACUCUAGAGAUGAAUAUUGUCAGCCUAUUUGUCUGAGUUUACUUUCUUUAAAGACUUCAGAAUUCAACAGAAUGUCAGAAAGUUGAAUCAUUACUAAAUAGAGGACAACAGUAGAAGCUAUCCUGAAAGGUUGAGUACAUCAGAAAGAUGAAACCUAAAGUUCUGUUCUUGCUUAUUUCUGUGUUGUCAGCAAAUUCCUGAAAGGCUCCACAGGCUUUAACUAAUUGAUCUCCUUUAGUGGGUGACAACUUGCUGCUGCAAUCAAGUACUUGAGUCAUGCUCAUUUUGUUCUGUUGACAUUAUAUACUUUCAUGGAGAUAUGAGGGAGAUUUCAGUUUUAAGUAGGCAGUUGUUCAAGAUCCCCUACAAGUCAAACUCUCCCUGCCUCGAAUCACAUCAUUAAAGUUCAGAAUUCAGGUUUUGGAAUUAAAUCACCUGAAUUUGUCCCAUUGGUGCAUAUACAUUGUUAGUCAGCUUAUGAAUCCAUCUAAAACAGUGGAACUUGAGUUCGCAUGUUCUGGCUCAGUAAGUGUUGAAUGGAGCAUUGAAUGCCUGUGCAUUAACAUUUAAGGGUCUGAUAUAGAGACAGCAAAAAUCCUUAAUUAAGCCAAUAAUUCUGUUUGUGAGCUCUGGAAUUUGGAGUUUAAUUAGUAUGCUGUAAGUAAAUUAUGGGAUCAUACACUUCAAAGCUUGAUGAAGAAUAGAAUUAAUGUAAGCGUUUUUGUUUUCUGUAUGAGGCAAGACAGAAAAGAGUUGCAUAGGCAACUUCUGGCUUUUCUCAACUUCUGAGUUCUUGAACUUUGAGCCCUGAUGAAAUUUUUUGAUAUGUUUCCUUAUGUAAACAACUCAGAAAAAGGGUAUAAAACCAUGUUUCACAUUAUACUGCUGUUUAAGAGGAAAAGUAAAUGAUUAGAAGUUGUUUCAGAAGUUGUCUUUGAUAGUUUUAGUGAUCAUUUUACAAGUUGGGGGAAAGUAAAAUUGCUAGUGGAACAAGCAGAUUUCAGAAGUAAAACCUCAAAAUUCGAACCAAUGUUAUACAGAAAAUGUUUUCAAUUUUUAAUAUUCUUUCUUGUGAUUUCUCAUUAUUACUGAUACAGUGUUGCAUAAACCAUUCUUGUUUUGUCUGUUACUCAGAAAUAAAAACUACAUCACAAUAACAAAUCACUUUUGCUUCUAAUUAACGUAUGUGAUAUCUUGAUAUUUUGAGUUAAAUAUUUUUUUGUGUUAUAGUGAAAAAGUUUUGUGAAAUGCAUGGCUCUGUGAGGACUGGGACUAUUUAAUCUGAGCUUCCUCCCUUGUUCUAUACAAACUUUCGAACUCCAGAGGAAGUUUUUCCUGUAUUUAGCGAUGUCCAUGCCUUGGAUUUUAUUUUUCUAAGAAUAUAUGAAUUUUUGCAAUGGCUGCUGUCUCACUUCAGAUGCCCUUUACGUGCUGUACUGAUUAAAACUUUGGCAGUCCUGAAGGGGAUGUGAUGCAUAUGAACAGAAAGAGCCUUACCUGCUGAAGCUUUGUUUCUACAGAAAGUAAGACAAAACCCAACUGUAUUGAAUUUAUUGAAUAUAACUCUAACCUCUGAAGAACUGAGUAGGGAACUCGGUUUCUUGAGUAGGACCUAUAGUCUGCAUAAGUUACUAUAAAACAGUGCUUAUCGAGUUUUUAUUUUUUCAAGGAUUGGGAAAUCAAGGCUUGUCUAGAAGUACUUUUUAUUUAAAUUCAGCCAAUGCAUUUUCAUCUCAGGUACUUCAUGUUUCACUUAAUGUAAUUCAGGCUUAGACAGAAUGGUAACAUAUACUUUAUUAUGCAUGUUGUGUUUCUAUUAAUGAUGUGCAUUUGUAGCAAAACAAUUGGUUAUUAUUUUGGAAAAAAGUGUUUAAUCAAUGAGUGAAAAAAUACAUGAAUUUCACACACAGAAAUGAGAUUUCUUUCACUUCACACAGCUGAGGAAUAUAUAGAAUAGAGCUGUUUCCAUAUAUAGAAACUGAAUUCUGUGUUGUUUUAGAAUUUUCCACUGAGAAAGUAAGGGAAACAACAGAUUUAAUGCACUUAAAAAUUAAAAGAACAGAUGUAGGAGUCUGUGCAAGUCUGAAAUUUAUUAAGUCUUUAAGUUGUGUGGAAAAUUAAUGCUUUUAUAUGAGGCAAGUAUUUAUGCUGUAUUGAGAUUAAACUUUUUUUUAUGUGGUCUGAAGGAGAAGGGUAAGAUCUCUGUGAUGCCUUGUAGCAAAUAAAUUGUAUUUGCCCCCCUGAUAAUUAAGUAAAGAAAGUCUGAAAGCAGAGGUCAGUCCCUUUCUCUCUUAUUAAUUGCUUCUUCCUCCUCUGCGGUGCUUUGAGAUUUAAGUGAAAUGUACGAAUGUUGUACAACAUUAAACAUUAUAUACAAAAGACCUUUUUGCUCCUUUCUUUAAUCAAGGCCUUGUGCUUUCUUUCCAUUCAGACCAUAAUGGGUUGAUUUAAUCUUUCUAUUUAUGUAGAGGGUUAACUGCAUUAUAAAGGAUUGCUUUAUCUUAACUUAAAUUGAGAUGAUAUAGUGGUAUCUUUUAACGAAAGAAAGCUGUUACUGUUAUUGAAAAUGGCACAGUAGAGGUGGUGAGGGUGGUAGCUGCAAAGAUCUCAGAGAGCUGCCUACUUGGUCAUAUAAAUUUAAAGUAUGUUUCAUCCCCAGUCAGAAACUAAUCUCUCUGCGGUUGAUUUGAAGCCACAGGUCCAGCCUUAAUGAGUUGCAAGAUCCAAGAUGGAGUAAUAGGAAAAAAAAGUGGUGUAAGACUACUGUUUGACUGUGUAUGUGUGUGUGCUUGCAUCUUCUAGUGCUGAAGUGGUCUUUUCUGAGCUGAAAAUAGGAGUGGGAAUCUUAAGUCAAAGAUCCUCCAAUUGUAGGUAGGGUGGACAAAAAGGAUUUUUAUUUUUUCAGUCGUACAUUUUCCAAUUGGUCUCCAUUUGUUUAUUCUGAAAGCUUGAUUUAGCUUUUUUUGUUUCAACUUGUGCUGCAUAUGUUAAAACUGCACGGAAUAAGAAUUUUUAUUUAUUUAUUUAUUUUUAAGAUGGAACUUAGAAUUAUAACAAUGUUUCUUUUCGUACUAGUGGAGUUUAUUAGAUGCCUAAAUUUGGAUUAUUACUUGAAGAAAAAUAUGGUCUUACUCAGCUUAUUUUAAUUAAUAGUAACUUGGGGUAUUUCAACAAAGGGGAUUUUUCUCCUUAAUAUUUAGAAAGUAACUUUACUACCUGGAAAGUAUUUGUACAGGACGUUUUUCUGUGUUUGUGCUUUUUUGAUGCCUUUUUUUUUUUUAAUGAAUGUGACUGUAGAGUUCUCUUGACUUGUUUCUUAGGUUUUUCAUCUCUUCUUGUCAAAAAGAGAGUAUCCUAUAUUGUGCUUAAGAAGAGCAUAGUUGUCAUUGCCAGUCUUACAUCUUGGUUGGUGCUAUAGUGUACAAAUGCUACUUCAUCCAGAUUUCAAACUACAACUCAUUUUCUUACCAGCUGAACUGGGCAGGCAAAUGUGAUUUUUAUUACAAAUUAGCAGCUCUUAAUUUUGAGAGAGCAGCAACAUAAAAAGUAGGUUUAUACUGGCAAGAAGUGUAGUGAACUUCUGUGAUGGUAGUGUUUCUGUUAACUUUCCUGGAUUUUCCUCUUGCCCCUCUUGCCCCUCGUUUCUUUCCUUUUGAGUAUUUUUGAGGAUGGAGGCACUCAUGUACAUGCACUAACUGGGAGGUGUGUUUCUGUAUUGCCCUUUCAGUAUGUCUGGUGGUUUGUGAAGUUGAUUGGUGAUGCUGAUUUGGUUUGAGAAGCUGAAAGUUUGUUUUGAUAAUGUGUGAAAGAUAAUGCACAGCACCUCUUUUAUGUUCUCAUCAAAAUAUCUGUGGGCAUGUGGCCCUUUUCAGCAGGUUUUGUUCUUAUUUCAGUAGUUCUCUAUUUCUACAAGAAGAGAAACACCAUCUUGAAGUAGCUCAAAUUGAAAAGAUAAACUUUUAAAGGAAAAUCAUCACCAAUACAAGCCAACAAAUUAUAAUGUUCAGCUGUUGCAUAUCUCAGUAUUUUCAUUCCUUCUUUGAGAAGGAUUCAAAGACUUUCUCACAAUCAUAUUAUUUGUCAUUAAUAUUAAAAGAACAGUCAGAUUAAUGCUGACCAGAAAAUCACUUUGAGAGAAUAUUCUGGUUGAUUUUUUUCUUUCUUUCUGGCAUAUGCUUUAAAUAGUCAGAUAGUAUUUCUGAAAUUACUUUUGAUACAUAUCUGGGUUCAAGAAGAAACUGUGUUAAGAAUUAGUUUCUGGUGCCCACAUUUGUAUGAUGGGAUAGGUUCUUUUCAACACAUGUUCUGAUUCAAGUAUUCGUGUAUACUUUUCCAUAAAAAUAAGCAUAGAAGUGUAUUUUUUUACUGGUUAUCCUUCCCUGCCUUCUUUAGUUCUUGCUAUUUUCAUUUCAGACACUAUUUUUGCUCUCAAAUAAGAAGGUGCAGAAUAGGUUCAUUGCCCAAAGCGUUAUAUUGUUGUAGCCAGUGUACAGUUUACUACAGGUAACUUGGCACAGGUCUUUUUAGCAAGUUUGUUUGAAAACUUGUUCCUUUUUACAAAACAUGGUAUUGGUCCUUGAAGCUAAAUGAGAAGCUGGUUAGUAGAGCAUUGUAGUCUUGCAACUUUUCUCUGACUCCUCACAUAGCUAUUUUAAUGUUUAGGAGGAUUGCGUAUAUAUCUUAGAUAAGCAUAAAGUUUUCCCUGUAACCAAGCUGAGGGUACCAGCAUGCCUUACAACAGAGGAGAAUUGUUUUGGUAUAUAUACCUUCUCUCAGGAAGAAGUGGGAUGGAGUUCUACUUGAAAUUCUUGUAUAUCAUCUUGUGGUAAAUCUAACCUUUGCUUAUGAAACUAAACUUAAUUUUUGCUGACAGACAGUUUGGUGCAGGCUGGUAAAAUAACAAGAGAUGAAAAUUGAGCCUGACUGAGCAUUAUUCUCAUUCUUAGUCUGCUUCUGCAUGAAAAAGAAAAGGAAAGAUUUAUGUGCACUUGAUGGAUAUGAUUUCCAACAGAGAAAGCACAACUGCUAUGCAGAACAGGUUUCUUUAGUAGCUUCUGUCAUUUGAUUCAGCAGAAAUGGUUCACUUUUUCUCUCUAUUGAUUUGGCAUGAAUUGAUUUGCUGUUACUUUUGUUUGCUCAUUUUCCCUUCACUGUUCAUGAGGGUCUGAAAGCCAGCUUGGGGCUUUAUUUUUUUUCCUGUGUUUUCUCAGCAUGCUUGAAAUUUUUUUUAGCAGUAUACUAUGUUAUCAAAUGCCUGCUUAAAAGAAAUAGUGGAAGAUGGUACUUGUGCCACUCUUAGCAAGUGUAUGAAAAACUGCAGUGUGCUUUGCUCUGUGUUUUGGUGUUGAUGCCCACCUGUUGGUGAAAGAUUUAACAGGAACGAAUGAGAUGGCUGGUCACUCGCCUCCCCAGAGCUCACUUCUCUCAUGGCAGUGCUGGUCUAAUGACACCCAGCUGAUCUUGAGAUGAUGGUUUCUGGCUUCUGUCCUCAUGUUAGGUAGCUCUGUUUUCAGUUUAGCGUACAGGAUGAAUGUGCCUGUGGUAGCUCAAGAGCAGAUGUGAAGCCCAGUCCAUCCUUGUGUGAGGGUGAUAGAGCUUUGGGCAAAGAUGUUUAUUGUUAGUAACUGGCCUUGGCUAUUGUAGUUAUGCAAUCAUUGUAGUUACAGUACUGUAUAUACACAGAUAAACUGUAAUACAAAUAUGCCAUUUAACACUCCUCACUAAUUUCCCAGAGGAAUAUUACCAAUCAGAUAGAAAUAUUCUGUCCUGCAACCAAAUAUGGGAAAGACGAACAGAACUUACUGCAAGCAUGGAUUAAUAAAGUCCAGAUCUCCAGAUCAAGAAACAUCCUUUUCCAACAGGGGCUAGGAGUGAAGGUAAAUGGUUCCAUUACUGGUUUGCGUAAAGUUAAUUCUAUGGAUGGAUAGUGGUGAAGAAGUCUCUUUCUGUCAGUUUUUUCCUCAUUACUUUACCUCAUUUUUCCACUUAUUAUUAAAGGCAUACUUUGCUUAUUCUUUGCUAGAGGUUAGGGUUUCUCUGUGUAAUACCAGUUCAGCUAUAUUGGCCUUCAGAGAAACAGACAGAAAUUUCCAUGGCUAUUCGAAUCAUAGGAGGUGGAUUUUUAAACAGAUGGUCUAUACUAUCUACACUCUGUUCAAGUUUUUGCCUUGUUAACUUAAAAAUUGGGAGCAUUAAGUAUUUUUGAAUUGUUAUAUGAGUAGAAAGUACUGAGCUUUUAUCUGUUCUUUACCUUGUUCUAGUUCUAUAUGAAGGUGUGUUUAUUCGUACUUGAGGAAAAAAGCAGGUAUUCAAGAGAGGAUGAUAUCAGCUUUCAUAAAAUUCAUACUCAUUUGAAAAUAGUAAUUUGCUUGGUAAUGGAUGAACACUACUAAACUGUAUUUUGUUGUCUUCAAGGUAGUCUGAACUUUCAACAUAAGAGCGUAUAGUGGAAUUUGUAUGAAUUCAUUUUAAGAGUCUUCUUUUUAAAGAGCAAUGUAAUGUAGGAGUUUACUUGAAGAUCAGGAAAGUGAUAAGCCUUACCAUCACCAUAUGCUAGUAGCAACUCUAGUCAGAAAGCUGCCACAGUGUAUUUAAUAAAAUGUUCUGUAAAAAUAAUGAUGGUGUUUGAAAUUGGUAUUUAGUCUCUCUUUUCUUUUAAUGAGUAUAUUAUAUGUAACUCUAUGACUAAAACUACAAGUAGGUGGGAGAAAAUAACUUGAAUCAAUAUUUUCUGUUACUGGUAUAAAGAUAUAACUUCCAACCAUAUAAAGAUUUCAUUGUUGAAGUGAAAAGAGUGGGAACAUGUAUGCAAAAUGACUUCCUGGUAAUUUAUGUCAGAAGGUUUAGGAAUGCUGGAAUAUAUAGAGAUAUUUAGGAAUUUACAAACUACUUCUCAUAUUAUCUGUGUUUCCUUAUGAUGCUGUUAUUGAGAUGUCCUGCCAAAUAAUGGAUGGGUAUUUUCUAGAAAGAGUUUGAGGGACAGUAGGAGAGUGACACUUCAUACUUCUGCAGGUUUCAUUCACUUACUGUAACGAAAAUCUGGUAUUUGUCACACCCCAAGAAUGCAGAAACUUUAUUUGUUUGUUUUAUUUAAAGGUAUUUAUGUAUGAAUAUAAAAAUAAUUGUUAAAAAUGUAAUAAAUUUGAAGCAUGUUACUUGGUUCAUGCGGUGUGAUUCCAAAGAAGCUUGUUACAGUACAACAUUUGCAGCUUAUUCUAGUGUUUGCAUUUUCUUUAUAAGCUGAAUCCUCUUCUUUUUGCAAUAGCAAAACUAGAAUUAAUGAAUCUGUAGUACUGCACUGAAAGUUGGAAUUCCGAAGUGUUUUCAAACAUUGAUUUUCAUGCGAAGUCCAUAAAAAAUGUUAAGUUUAAUAAAAAUUCAGGCAGUACAAAAUAUUUAAAGUCAUAGAACUGAAAGAUAAUUCAGUUUGAAAGAAAUCUCAGGACAUCUCAAGUUCAGCAUCCUUAGCCCUGAAAUCAGACAAGCUUUCUUUAGAGUUUAUAGGGUUGACUCUUGAAAACCUACAAGGAUAGAGAUUACACAACUCUGGGGAAUGUGUUCUGAUGCCUGACGGGUCUCAUAGUGGAAAAGCUCUUCGUUUUGUAAAGUUGAGCUUAUAAAUCACCAGAUCUGUAUUUUUCAUGAUUGUUCCGCCCCUGUCAAUGUUAUUCUCUUCACUGUAGCUCCAUACACAGCUGCGCCAAAUGUUUUGAAGUAAGAUAUGCUUGGCUGGAAGUUGCAAAUGAUGCAGUUCUUACUGUGAUUCUGUGUAAAUAUUAUAUGUAUUCUAAUUAUCUCUAGACUUUUCAAGGGAAAAAAAUUAAAUCAAGUUAAAUGCUAUACUAUUUCACUUUAUGAAAACAAAUGAACAGAUUAAUAUCUCUUUUAGGAAAGUUUAAGCUAUCUGAAGCACUAUUGAUUAAUAAUACCAGACAAAAUUUACUGAUGAUAUUUUUAUUAAAAAGUUGGCAAUUCUUGGCAUAAUUGUAAGUUGCAUUGUGCUGUAUAUUUGUAGUAUGGUGUUUUUUGUCUCAAUCCUUAAGUGUUAAUGCUGUUUUAUUUUGGUAGUAGUAUUUUUUUGGCAGAAUUUUUUCAUGACAUUUGUCUCAGGAAAUGAGUGUAUCUAAUCUGGAAGUGUGAAAUAGAUAAGAAAUGAUUGAAGGCCAUGUAAAUAUAGAUGAUCACUUUUGCUUUUCUACUUUUGCAUACAAUGCACUGACAUAAGUGUUUGACUGCUAGUCAUUGCAACCAUUUUGCAGCAUCUAAUUAGAUUUCACAAACUGCUACUUUUAGCUUUCAAAAUUUUUCAUAAAUUUAGUGCCAGUGUAAUAGCAGUAUGUGAGCACAUGACUGACUCCAAAGAUAAGAAGCCUGUAAAGCUUUAGCUUUGUAUCUGUUCAUUAAUACUUCAUGUUUUGACUAAUAUGUUGGUGGUAGUUUUUUUUUUUCACUUCAAUAUGAGGUAUACAUAUUUAGGUUUGAUUAUUUUUAAUAGCACAAAGAGGAUCAUGGUAUUUAAUGGAUAGUAAUGGAUAGUAAUUCCUGAUACUGUUAGUCAGGAUGCCUAUGUUUUAUCAAUCUGCAUAAUUUUAAGGAUUUGGAAAUGAGCUUGAGUUGAAAGUUGAUAAGCCAAACUUUCAUUUUGACUCUUUAGUCUGCAUUAAUAUUUCAUUAUUUUUCUGGGUCUGAUUAUUCUCCUGCUUUCAGUCAGUGUUCCAAAUAUUACUGCUUACAGUAACCAAGCUUUGCAGUGCAUUAAUGUGUUCCAGAGCAUGAUUAUAGUUACAAAUACCUGCCAGAAACAUUUCCAGAUGUAUUUCUAGUUAGACUUCUUAAAUGCACAGUACAGCAGAUGGCACUGGAAGAGCACAUCUAUGCAAGACUUCAAUGAUGCUGUAAUUCUUGUGAUAUAGAAAAUACUUGUGAAGCUGCUGCAUUGCUGAGAGUUCUGAUGAAAUUCAGCAACUCAUUUUAAUGUAUUCCAGGAAGUGAUGCAUGCUGAGCUCUUCUGUUUGAACUUCUGUGGAUGCAGACAGUGAAAAAUUUUAUACUUGCAAGAGAUGGCUCUUGAAGUUAAAUGAGGGCUGGAUAAAACACAUAAAUGAAGCAGAAGCUGCUCUGCAUGUGUUAGGGCUAUAUCACCACAAGCACUGCUGAUCAGCCAGACGUGGUAACUUGUCAUAAUGAAGAAAAUUAGUCUCAAAACAAUUCGCAAGUCCUUUAACUUAAAUAAAAGUAAAGAUGAAAGUGACUUUGUAGUGGUUCAACAGCCAUCUUUAAGUGAAUUUGGAAAAGAUGACUCCCUGUUUGGCAGCUGCUAUGGUAAAGAUUUGGCUAGCUGUGAAGUCAAUAGUGAAGAUGAAAAAGGAGGCAAAAAUAGAUCAAAAAGUGAAAGUUUAAUGGGUACGUUAAAAAGGAGGCUUUCAGCAAAACAAAAGCAAAAAGGCAAAGGCAGCACACCAUCUGGAAGUUCUGCAGAUGAUGACACCUUUUCUUCGUCAUCUGCUCCAAUAACUUUCAAAGAUGUGCGAGCUCAAAGACCUCUGAGAUCCACUUCCCUCCGUAAUCAUCAUUACAGUCCAACUCCAUGGCCCCUUCGACCUACAAAUUCAGAAGAGACUUGCAUAAAAAUGGAAGUGAAAGUCAAGGCCUUGGUCCAUUCCUCUAAUCCAGGCCCAGCACUGAAUGGUGUUCGAAAGGACUUCCAUGACUUGCAGUCAGAAAACGUGUUCCAGGAACAAAACAAUGCAUUAAAAAAUACGGAAUCUCAGAAUGGGGACUUGCAUCUUCAUAUUGAUGAACAUGUGCCUGUAGUUAUUGGAUUAAUGCCUCAGGACUACAUUCAGUAUACUGUGCCUUUAGAUGAGGGAAUGUAUCCUUUGGAAGGAUCACGUAGUUACUGUCUGGAUAGUUCCUCACCCAUGGAAGUUUCAACUGUUUCUUCUCAAGUGGGAGGAAAUGCUUUCCAUGAAGAAGAGAGUCAAGUGGAUCAGGAUGUAGUAGUUGCACCGGAUAUCUUUGUGGACCAGACAGUGAAUGGUUUGUUGAUUGGUACCACAGGAGUCAUGUUGCAAAGUCCAAGAGUUAAUCACAGUGAUGUCCCUCCACUUUCACCUUUGCUACCUCCAAUGCAGAAUAAUCAAAUCCAAAGGAACUUUAAUGGAUUGAAUGGCACUGAUGCCCAUGUGGCCGAAAGUAUGCGCUGCCAUUUGAAUUUUGAUCCUAACACUGCCCCUGGAGUUGGAAGAGUUUAUGAUUCUGUACAGAACAGUGGUCCUAUGGUUGUGACAAGUCUCACAGAAGAACUGAAAAAACUUGCAAAACAAGGAUGGUACUGGGGCCCCAUUACGCGUUGGGAGGCAGAGGGAAAAUUAGCUAAUGUGCCUGAUGGCUCAUUUCUUGUUCGAGACAGUUCUGAUGACCGUUAUCUUUUAAGUUUGAGUUUUCGUUCCCAUGGGAAAACACUUCACACUAGAAUUGAACAUUCAAAUGGUAGGUUUAGCUUUUAUGAACAACCAGAUGUGGAGGGGCAUACGUCUAUAGUUGACCUAAUUGAACAUUCGAUCAGGGACUCUGAAAAUGGAGCUUUCUGCUAUUCAAGAUCCCGAUUGCCUGGAUCUGCAACUUAUCCAGUGAGACUAACAAAUCCAGUAUCUCGGUUUAUGCAGGUGCGUUCUUUACAAUACCUGUGUCGUUUUGUAAUACGUCAGUACACCAGAAUAGACCUGAUUCAGAAACUGCCUUUGCCAAACAAAAUGAAGGAUUAUUUACAGGAAAAGCACUACUGAAAGCUUAUGGGAAUCUUGCAUCUUGCACUUUGGGAACAACAACAACAAAAGAGAUUGAAUUACAGUUUACAAACUUUCAUUAUUAUCAAAAUCUUUUGCUGCCAUAACAAUAUUUCAUUUUUGUGUGUAAAAGAAAGGUAAUGCAUUUGGAUUUAUGUUUGUUUUGGGUGGGGGGGUUGUGUAUUUUGGGGGCCUUUUUUUUUUUUUUUUUGUAAAGAAUGAUCUCAACUUUAUUUUUAGAAGUGUGAAAUAGCUAUCUUUCAUCAAUGUGCAGAUUAAUCACAAUGUGAAUGAUCAAAUUAUCCUUAAUUUCCCCCAAGUCCUUUGCUGCUAUCCACUGUGAUUUUUAUGCAUUGAAAGCACAUUUCAUGUGUAUUCAACCAUAAGUAAAAGUCAAUGAAACUUGUUCAAUGGAUUUUUAUUCCUUUAAAAUAGCCUGUUUGAAAAAGAUGAUCAUGGUUAAAACAUUGGUGUUCUAAAUUAAAGAAUUUACAUCUAUCCUAAAAAUGAUUUCUUAGUUUCCUAAUUAUAAAUUUCUAAUAUGGAAGAGCUGUGUGAUAAAGACAUGCUUAUGCAGCAGAUAUCUUAAAAACAAACAAAAAACCCCAAACCUAAUAAAGAACAAAACAUCUUUCUUUUAAGCCUUGUAUUGUCUGUACACUACUUUGUGUUUGAGAAAGUUGGUUUGGCUUUCUUACUGUCUCAGUAUUUUGUUCUUCUAAAAAUGGCCUUUUAAAAAAAGAAGUGUGUGAGCAUCAAUUCAUCAUACCUAUGAGGAAGUUGCAGUAUCGGGUUGACAUCAAAUAUCUUUAAAUGCCAUCAGUUAAACGAGCAAACUCCUACCAGGACCCCUCUUUCUGUUGUUCACCCUCUUACCUCCCUUUGGGCAAAAAUAUGCCCUGAAAUUGUAGGAAGACUCUAGGAAAAGCUUUUACUGAAAUACGAACUAAUAAACCAUUUCAGGGAUUGGGUAAAACUUCUAAUAGGAGGAUUUCUACAAUAUUUAUUAAAAAUACUAGGAGUUUCAGGAUUUUCCAUUUUUCUGUAAAGGAAAAAAUAGGACUAAUAAUAUUUUGGAUGAAAGUUGCUUGAAAUGAAUCUCUAAAGCUCUAUUCUCAUAGGCCUCAAUAUUCUGGGGAGGGGAGGUUUGAAUAUAUAAUGACCACAGAAAAUAUUUCAGUUAACUGUCAUGAAAUAUGUUUUGACAUAUGAAAUAUUGAAUCCAUUAAGUAAAUUUUUAUGAUAUCUGUCGAAGAUUCUGGCAUUUGAAAAGCUUGUAGUUAUUCUGACAUUUGAUAGGGAAAAAUACUUUUAGUUGGGAAUACAGGUUCCACACUGCAAUCAUUCAUUCUUGCAAUGUUAAUCCAUGGCAUUUUUUGUUUCCUUUUCUUUUUUUCUUUUUUUAAUUUUUUUUUUACUCCUCCUCCUUGCCCAUGAUUCUGUCCCUUUUAUGUUAAAGGGAUCAUGGCUAACAGACUUGGGAGGGAGGCUUACUCUGCCCACCUCCCUCUGUCCCUAGAUUUUAGUAUUUCAGAGUGUCAUCUUCCACAUCUCUAGCAGGAGUUGCUAGUUAGCAAACAUCACCAUAGAAAGGGCUGUUUAUCUUUGAUACAGCUUUCUUUUUUUAGGUCAUUUUCUUCUUUUUGUUUUAUCUAGCCUUUUGCCCCCUGAAGUGAGUAUUUAGUAAUGAAUACACUAUUGCUGCAAGGUGGUGUAAUAGCACUACAUCUUGGGUUGCCUGAAUUGAUAGACAAAAUUUAUAUUUUUUUAAUUUAUUUUUUGACCAUAAUGUUUAACAAAAAAGUAAAAAAAAAAAAAACAAAAAACAAAAAGCAAAAAAAAAAAAUUACAAA